GAGGAGACUUGGUUUGGGAAAGGAGCUGUACACUGACUUCAGCUGUACUCAGAAGAACAGACAGGUUCUCCUUCAAAGGGGAGGGGGAGAGGAAGGCCAUUGAUUUAUUCCUGAAAAGAAAGGAGGUAGGAAAUUUAAAAAGUACUAUACAGCUAGACAUAACGUAUUUUAAAGAGAAGGAUGCUUUGGAAGACUUUGCUGCUGCUGCUGUUCUAUUACAGUGCUCAUGCCACUGUGACUCGCAGAUGGAGCAGAGCUAUGCUUUUCCCAGCUGCUCAGAGAUUCAAGAGGUCCUCAGCUGCUUUCCUUAACCCAGUGCUACAAAACUCACUGGAAGAUGUGGUCCUGCUUUAUGAGUUUCUUUUAGCUGAACUUGACAUUGACAAAAGUCAGAGAAUCUCCAUCAAAGAUGAGGAGCUUGCUUCACUGAGGAAGGCUACAGAAUUUGACACCAUCUGCAAUGAAAUUAUCCCCAAGAGCAUCACAGAGAUUCGCCGGCUGAGUAGCAGGCUGUCUUCCUACCCAAGGGCCCUGAAGAAAGAAGACUUUGAAAGGACAGUGCUGACCAUGGUCUACACAGCCUACAGGGCUGCUCAGUCCAAGGGGCACCAGAAAGACGCUUGGGCUGAAUCGUUUGUCAGUCUUUACAAAGCUCUGAAGCACGACUUGAUGUUCCCAUACAACAAAGAGCCCUCGUAGUGGGAGUCAGUGCAAACUGGCAGUGUAGACACCUCUUCUGAUUCAUAAGAGACCCUCAUAGCACGUCCUUCACUUUAUCCUGUCAAGAGUUUAAUAGCCUGCUUCAUGAAAGAUUAUUUGUUUUCUAGCUCCCUCUUGUGGAAUCCAUUUUAUAUUUCGAUGUUAAAUGGGGAAAAAUGUUAUCACCUUCAGUCCUGGGAAUUCGAUUUUUGUGGUGGCUUGGAGAUGCAUUCUGUGACAGGCAAAGGAGGGAGUCUGGUAUACAUCCCCCCAGGCAGAUACACACUUGUUUCAUCCUGUGGGUUUCCUGCAAGCAAUACUUAAGUAUAUUAUUCUUAUGAUCACAUAUAUGUAUGUGCUGGAGAAUGCUACUUUCAUAGCUGGGGAAAAAAAUUCAUGUUUUGACUGGCCAGUAAAAGAAUAUUAUAAAUAGAUGCAAAAGACCUCUGAAAAAAAGAGAGGUUUCAUAACUGUCAGCCUUCAGAUAUUAUGCCAGCUAUUCAUUCCAAAUAUUCUUGUAAAUAAGCACUGUCUGAUUCACUUCAUUUGGCUGAGCCAGUUUUUAAUUGCAAUAACAUUUGCAGAUGACAAAGAGCAUUGUGAACACCAGCAGCAAACAAUGCCUGUGAACACAUUCCCCGCUUCCCAGAUCCUCCCUCCUAAACAGCCUGCAAUGAUUCUUUCAUUAUUUGCACAUGACUUUGCUUCUGCUCCUUGUUUUCUGAAGGGACCCUGGAUUUGUCCUCAGCAGAGUCAAAGGCAAGAUGAAGGCCCUUUUUAAAUUAACAAUGACAUAUUUUUCCUGUUUCUAUCACUUGAACACAGGAUUUUUAAACCCGUGCUUCAGAAUCCCUUUAAGACAAGGGAGGAAGGUGCAUUAAAACACAGAUGGUGCUGAAUUUAGGGUGCUGAAUUUAGUACUGAGCUUCAGUUUUUAUGGUAAAUUAUCUACGUUCAUGUGUGUGUGUGAGUGUGUGUGUUCAUUCAUGUCUGUGCAUUUAAGUGCUGAGUACAUGGAAGAACCUUAAAUUGUUCAGUCAGGGAAAAUUUACAUCUGACCACUUAGGCCAUUCACCAAUGCAGUGUUAGGAAUUAUGAAUUUAGGAUCAGUGGAAAAGCAGGACUUGUUUACAGUUAAAAUUGUUUGUAGAAAUAGUGCAGUGGAUUACCAUAAAGUGCAAAAAAAUCAUGGAUAGAAAAUGGACAAAGGAGAUACAUCUUGUCAGACAGAUGACUUGAGAUGAAAUAUCCAAACUCUUCUAAAUAAAAUCCACUAAUUUUUAUGAGCUUGUUACAUGAACUCUGUUUCUCUAUUGAUAUUAGAUGUAAUUCUGCUUCUAGACCACUGGAAAACAGAUGAACGUUUGUUUCCUUUUAUAUCAGCACUCUCUAUCUCACUAUAUUCAUAAUAUCUUCAGGAGACAGGUCAUAAUCACUAAUCCUUGAGACUGUAAAAGAGAAUUGAGGAUUCCAGCCCCAGCAGCUCUGAAACAUGUUUAACUGCUUUUGCAUCACUUGAGCAAAAGUAACAAACUCUUCUGUGCCCCUUAGCAGGGAUACUCCAAGGACUGGAGCUGAAAAAAAAUCCAUCCAGCAACACCUUGCUGCAACAAACAGCAAAUAGUGCAAGCAGCCAGAGCACCCAGGGUUUGGCAGUCACCUCUGGGAAUGUGGAACCACAGCAGCCUUAGGGGCAGGCUGGCAAUGGCACAAGGAGCUGGACAAAGGGCUUAUUAAAGACAGAGUCCCCCCUGAUCCUCCCAGCAGUUUCUGUAGGUAGAGAAAGCGUGUGCUUGCAUUUAGAUGCACAUAUGUGUAGGUGCAUUUUUAUAGCUGAAGAUCUUUGUCAGCCUGCUUCAAAGCCUGCUGGCAUAUGGUACAUGACAAAGGAACCUGAAAACCUCAAAUGCAAAGCCAUGAGCCACAAGCAUCUCUGUUUCCUUUACCCGCACCCACAAAGCAGCCUUUCACCACAGCCC